AAAAGAUUUUCGGAAAAUAGUUUUAUUCUAUACCGUAUAUAUGACACAUUUAAAAAAAUGUACUUUUUGUUUUGGUUCAAAGAACGAUAGGGAGAUGGAUAAGCUUUAAAUUUGUUUGUGUCUUCAUUUUCGAAAGAAGUAGGGAGUAGAGAAAAUGACAGCUGUACCUGUGAAAACAUUGGAUUACCUAGGUGGUGCAAAAAAGGCAACAAGACGGCUAAUUGUCGCAGGAACACACCUUAAAGAUGGUCGUGUCGCAUUGAUUGACCGCAAGAACACUGUGCUUCUAAUAACAAACACAGAUGAUGAAAGUAUCCAGGAGGUUGACCUUAUAAAACCUCUGUUCGAACAAAAUGAUGCUUCUGGAGAAAGUGGGAACAAACCAAAAGGGUUUUAUAAAGAGCAUUUGAAAAGCGAGGACGGCAGUCGAACCGUCGGGUAUGCCUCUGCAUCAUGGUCUGAAAAAGCAAACAUGAAAUUACCAAAACCGAAGUAUUCGCAGAAGGAAGACGUUAAGCCCUCGGAUGUCAAUAACGGCUUUAACGACGACCAACUUCUGAUAACCUAUACCGGAAAAGAUUUCUCUCUCGGUGUUGUAUAUCAGUUAAGAUUUGAAAAGCAAGAGAUCAUCCUACAACAAGUUUUAAACGUAAAAGUGAUGGACAGGACACGGUCUGUUGUUGCCCUUGAUAAAGAACACCUUUGUGCUACCACACAAAAUCAGAUUGUUGUCCUGAACAAAUCUGGCGAUUGCAUGGCCAUGCACAAUCGCUCAAAGCGCGACAGAGGCGGUUUAUUAAUGUCCGACGGAAAUGGACGGUGAUGGGGACGAAUUUGUCUGUUGCCAAUGGAAUGGUAGGAACAUGAACGAGAUCUUCCGAUUUAGCCACUCUCGUAUGAAGUUCCCAAGGGGAUCUGCAAUUGAUAAGUCAGGCCGCGUUGUUGUCUGCUGCGAUUCGUCCCAUAACAUAUUCAGAAUAUCAAGCAAUGGACAACAGUCCGAGAUUAUUGCUAGCGAUGGCAGGAAGUCUUUUGGUGACGUAGACUUUCAUCCAGAUGGAGGGAGCUUUAUAACGACAUUCUGGGAAGAAAACGAAUGGCCGGUCCUCUUUGGAGUUAGAGCCUAAUUUGCUACAAAGUCAAACCAUAGUUUAUCAACAUAACAAGGAAAGCUUAGAAUCAUUAAACGGGAAAUUAUUAUUAUUAUUAUUAUUAUUAUACCAC